CCCCUUCCCUCUUUCAACACCAACACCACCUCUGAUCCCAACGUCAAGGCCAAACAGAUCCGGACCGGAUUAUUAACCAAGGCGACGACUGCGACGACGAAGACGAUUCGUUCACCAACACCAACAAAAGCGGUAUUCUCGGCCAAUCUCAACAACAACAUCAACGGGACGCUGCAACAUUGCCAACAAUGGGCGAUAUGAUUAGAGACCUGCCCGCCGCGGCUUCGUCAUCGUCGCCGACAACGCGACGUAACCAGCUCUUCCUCGGCACCUUUGUGCACUCCAAGACGAGGGAGGCGCUCGAAUACCUCCACAACACGGCUGUUUGCGUCGACGCAUCAUCCGGCACCAUUGUCGCUGUCGAGGUGGGAUACGACUUGAGGAGGUCCGAGGCCGAGCUGCUCCCCCGCCUGGGGUGGAAGGUCGGUGAUGUCGAGGUUCGUGUGGGGGAGGAGGGGCAGUUCUUCUUCCCCGGCUUUAUCGACACCCACGUGCACGCUUCGCAAUACCCCAAUGUCGGCAUCUUUGGAAAGUCCACCCUUCUCGACUGGCUCAACACGUAUACCUUCCCGCUCGAGGCCAGCCUCAAGGACCAGAAGAAGGCCAAGCGCGUAUACACAGCCUGCGUGCGCCGCACCCUCGCCCACGGCACUACCACCUCGGCGUACUACGCCACUAUCGAUGUCGACGCCACCAAUCUUCUGGCAGACAUCUGUUUGGCACUAGGCCAACGCGCAUUUAUCGGGCGGGUGUGCAUGGACCGCGAGGGCUUGUGUCCUGAGUACUACAAAGAUGAGUCGCCACAAGAUUCGUUGAGAAAGACGAGGGAGACUGUGGACUACAUACGGACCAUCGACCCGGGUUUCGAAAUCGUCGCGCCCAUUCUGACGCCGAGGUUCGCACCGUCGUGCUCGAGCGAGGCGAUGAGGGGGCUGGCGAGCAUGCAGAAAGAGCUCGACGUCCUCGUGCAGACGCACAUCUCGGAGAACGAGGGCGAGAUCGAGCUCGUCAAGGAGCUCUUCCCCGAGAGCACGAGCUACGCCGACGUCUACGACGCCCACGGCCUGCUGGGGGAGAAGACCGUGCUCGCGCACGCGAUCCACCUGUCUGAGGAGGAGGCGGCCACCAUCGCCGAGAGGGGCGCCAAGGUGUCACACUGCCCGUGCAGCAACAGCAGCAUCACGAGCGGCGCGGCGCGGGUGCGCUGGCUCUGGGACAAGGGCAUCGACGUCGGCCUGGGGACGGACAUGAGCGGCGGGUACAGCCCGAGCAUCCUCGACGCCGCCAGGCAGGCGGCGCUGGUGUCGCGGCACGUGGCCAUGGGGCUGCGCGGUCAGGAGCGGGAGAGGGCCAAGCUGACGGUCGAGGAGGUGUUGUACCUCGCGACCAGGGGCGGCUCCAAAGUCGUCGGGCUGCAGGCCAAGGUCGGCGGGUUCGAGGUCGGCAUGCAGUGGGACGCGCAGCUGAUCGGGUUGCCGCUGGUCGACGAGGACGGCGGGCGCGGCGGGGAGGGGGGCAACGUCGACAUAUUUGGGUGGGAGAGCUGGGAGGACCGGGUCGCCAAGUGGCUCUUCAACGGCGACGACCGGAACACCAAGGCGGUCUGGGUCAAGGGACGGAUGGUGCAUUCGAGGACAUGAGGAUGCCCGAGCAACAUGUAUCGGUGAGAGAGACGCGCUCCGCAAUAGACGGACUUGACGCGAGAGACGGGAUGCAUUAGGCCGGCGUUCAUUGGGACUUUGUUUUGCUGUUACAAUAUGAGGAUAAAUGCGUUGAGUCACUUGUUGUCAGCCAGCAUCUGCCCCUUAGGCUUCUCAUGAACGAUCCUUCACUCAAAUAUCAUAUUGAAUUACGUGUCCAAGGUGCGACAUAUAUGAUCUGUCGCGAUCCCAGUACUACGCCUACGUCUUAUCGGACGAAACAAUACAUGACCUGUUGUCUUUGAAACAACAAUACGUUAGAAACACACAGUUUAUUUCUAAGCCCUUGCACUUUAGCAAAGAGCAGUUUCUGAUGUACGGUACAGCCCGUGACUAGUUCCUUGCAUAGAUCAAAGACCAAUUGAGAACAACCAAUCGUUUUCAAGAUCGAAUGGAAACACUCAUCUUACGACGGGCAUGUGAGCCGUUCAACACGGAGC